AUGAAGGCAUGGCUAUACAACUCCACCAAGGGAGGCUUAGAGAAGAACCUCAUCUUCUCGCCUGACGCCCGAAACCCAGGGUCCCCACAGGGCGACCAGCUGCUCAUCCAGGUGAUCUCCACAGCCAUCAACCCAGCCGACUACAAGGCGCCUGCCAUGAGUACUGUUUGCGGGAAAGUUCUAAUUGCAACUACACCCGCCAGCCCCGGAAUGGACUUCUGCGGGCGGGUCAUCACUAUGGGGACAGAUACUUCUGCACGGCAGUUCACUCCGGGCCAACUUGUCUUCGGCUGUCUUGGCAUGCCACGGCAGUUUGGAACGCUUGGAGAAUUAAUACUCGCAAGUGCAACCAGUAUUGCUCCUUUGCCGGUAGGAGUGGAUCCAGAUGCGGCUGCUACCAUUGGGGUUGCGGGGCGGUCGUCGUACCAAUCUAUCGUGCCGUAUAUAUCGACUCCAGGGAACAGGGUGUUCAUCAACGGUGGGUCUGGGGGCUGUGGUGUUUAUGGCAUCCAGAUUGCGAAGUUUCUGGGGUGUCAUGUUACAGUGACUUGUUCUACACGCAAUGUACAGUUCUGUCGUGACCUUGGUGCGGACGAGGUGAUCGAUUAUACGACACAGGAUGUUUUGAAGGAACUCAAGUCACAGGGACAGGUGUUCGAUCAUGUUGUGGAUCACAUUGGAUUGCCUGAGGGUCUUUAUGAAGAAUGUCACAAGUUUUUGAAACCUGGGAAAGUGUUUGUCCAGGUUGGAGCCUCAUCGAUGCUGACGUUCGCCCACCGGCUUAUCCGCCCCGCGUUUCUUGGUGGCGGUAAGAGGAAAUACGUGGCAUUGCUUAUGAAGAACCAUAAGGAUGAGUUGGUCCAGAUUGCGGACUGGAUCCAAGAGGGAAAGAUCCGGGUUGAGCUUGACACGGUAUGUGAAUUUGAGGAUACCGUCAAAGCAUUUGAGCGACUACGUUCGGGGAGGACAAGAGGCAAGAUUGUCAUCCACGUCACAAGCCUUGAUAGUGAGGCUGCCUAA